UCUCGGGUAUAAAUAUCUGAAAAUUAUCCGGUAUGGACAUUUUACCCAUCUUCUUACCGGAUGCUAAAGCGGUUAAGAGUUAACUCAAUUAAAGAGAAGGUUUAUCAAACCAAUUUCCUGUUAUUUGCUCAUCAUCAGUGGUUGCUUCUUUAAACCCGUCAUGGCAGCCAUUCUCCAGGGGGCGAUGGACUUAGUAUAUGAAAAUAGCGUGCAAGUAAUCGAAGGAUUACAAGCAAGAUUUCUUCAACAAAGUGAUGUGUUCUUCAUGAUUUCGAAUCUUUUUGAUCCCCGAUAUGCGUUUUUAGUGUAUUCUCCCCUUUUCUUCUCUAUGGACUGGAAAGUGGGAAAGAAAAUCAUGUGGGUAACUGUGAUAGCUGAAUGGGUUAACCAGAUGCUCAAAUGGGCCCUUCAUGGAGAACGACCUUAUUGGUGGAUCCACGAAACACAAGUUUACAAUAGGACGGGAAUUACGUUUCCAGACAUUCAGCAGUUUCAUAUGACAUGUGAGACUGGUCCAGGAAGCCCUUCUGGCCACUCUAUGGUGACAGCUGCUGUUUGGUAUGUGAUUCUUGAUUCAUACCUAAAGAAGUUUGGUUUCAUCAAGAAAAACAGCAAGAACUUGGUUACCAAAAUCUGUUGGAUUGCCUACUUUCUUCUUUGCAUGACAGUCAGUGCUUCUCGCGUGUUCAUUGCAGCUCAUUUUCCUCAUCAGUGUUUCAUUGGAAUGGCUGUUGGAUGCUUAGUUGCAAUGUGGCUUGACAACAUAGACCAACGACGACUGAACAUCUUCCAUUACUGCCUUAUUACUGCAGGUAUCCUGGGCAGUGCACUUUCCAUGUACGCAUUCCUCAUAGCCAUUGGUGUGAAUCCUAUGUGGUCAGUGGACAGAGCCAUCAAAUGGUGUGCCAAACGAGAAUAUGUCCAUCUAGAUACCUCGCCAUUUUUCUCAAUGAUGCGCUACUGUGGUUUUAUGUUUGGUAUGGGUUUUGGAUUUAACAGCAACAGCUUUGAACAGAAUUCUAAGCGAAAGUUUUCAUUAGUCAUGAAAAUCGCUUGUGCCAUUCUUUCUGUCGGCGUUUGCAAACUAUCUGAGAAGGUUAGCCUGAUUCCGGGCAGCAUGCUCAUGUUUUACGUUCAAGCUUUCCUUCUAAAUGCUUUUCUAUCAUAUGUAAUGGUUGCCACCGUACCUUUUAUUGUUGCCAAAUUUUCCACCAAGAAGCUUAAGUCUCAGUAGAAUUUUGAAACUUUUCGUUUUUAAUUAGUGAUGUAAAGUUCCUAAAAGAAGGAAGACAAUGUUGAAAUUAUCUACGCCAUUUUUAUUUCUUCAUUUAGUUCAUGAAUGUUAUUAUUUGUUUCGUUUUCAGUUUCUUUAUUCUGUUCGAUUAAUCCAAGUGUAAUGAGGGCAAGGUGUUUUUUAAUUGUUGUUUAGUCAGUUCACAUAACCAUAAACAUAAGCUAACGUUAACAGUUAUAAUCGGAAACAACGAGUAGGAAUACUAAAUUACUUUAACGUUUUGCAAAAAUUCGAUUUAACUUUCAACCAUAAUAUUGAUACUUUGAACUGUAAUAUCGCUUGAAGUUGCUAAAACUUUAAUAAAAUGUUAAACUGAACCAUAUUUCUGCCUAAAUUGAGCCCCAUAGUAUCGUAAUUAGAUUCAAGAACAUGAUGAUAUAGUUAAUUUUGGAAAAGUUUAAGGUAGCAAUACAUUGGAGUUUCCCGCUUUCCAAAAUUUCUCAACCUGUAAAUUUAUAGAAAGUAACAUAACGUAUUACAAGGAAAAAUUAACUUUUUUAUAAUGGUGGCAGAGUCAGCAAUUUUAUUUCAAGCUACACACGCUCAAAUGACCAGAGCCCAAACUGUUGUUACUCAUACAUUGUGCAUACAUUACUUUUCUUUAUUUUAGUGUAAAAAAAGUACAUUUUAGCUUUUAUUAGCAUUUUAUAUUUGAAUCAAACUCAUAAUAAUAAGACAAAAGGCCAGUUUAGUUUGUAUAUUCGGAAGUAUUUUAUAGUUCAUGAAAAAUUUGAUUGAUUUACUUUAUAUUUAAUAUCUAAAAUUUCUUAUGUUUGCUUAAGUACUUAUUUAGUAAACUUGAAAUUGUGUGAGUAUAAGCAUGAGUAUAAGGAAAGUUGUUUCCGAAUCGCACAAUUAUUUACUUAUCUUUGUUUGUAUCUAUGUAAAUAUUGUACAUAUUUCUAAUUGUUUGUAAUGUAUGAAAUUGUCAGUGCUGUCCUUCAAAGGUACAUUUUAUGUUAUUUGUGAGUUAUGGCUUCUUUAUGACUACAGGUUGCAUAAGCAACUCUGAUUUUAAAUGAAAUGGUACACUUUUUUCAUGAAGUUAAAAUAUUUAUAGUUUUGAAAUUUAAUAAUAGUCAUUAAUUUCAAAACUGUCAUAAACUACUAUAAAAUAUUCGUUUUGUGAAUGAAUUAUUUUAAUAAUGAAUUCAAAAAAAUAAAGAUUUAUAAAUUCAUCUCAAUUUUGAGGACAUUCUAAAGCAUAAUUAAUGCAAAAUUUAUGUUCUUAAAUUUUUAUAAUUUUAUUUCUGGUAAUGUUUGAUAUGUCCAGGAAAAUGUCAGAUUUUUUUAAAAAUUAGAUGAGUAUCUGUACAAAAAUGAUUAUGAGUUAGUCAAUUGAGAGAAAAAUCAUUUUUGUAUUUGUGUAAUAUAGUGUAAAUAUUAUUUAAGCAUUUUUUUAUGUUUCUUGUUAUACCAAGGGUACAUAUCAAAAAAAGUGCUGCCUAUUGAAUUGUAAAUAAAUAUUGAAAACUUU